AUGAAGGCGGCGCUCCAUGUCACUGACUCCCCCGACGAAUUAUUGACGACGGCCAGCUCCAUCCUCUGGGAUCCUCGCUACACCAAUCGCAAUCCUCCCCACCAGAGACUCCAUCCCACGCACGUCGGCACUCUCUCGCUCGACAACCGCUCCGACUCGACCAUCAGCGUGCGCAGUUUAGGCGGCGGCCAGCGCAUACCNCCCAUGGACAAGCGUCACCCCAGCUCCUUCCAGCAGCUCGAGAAGCUCGGCGAGGGCACCUAUGCCACCGGCCGCAACCGCCAGACGGGCGAGUUUGUCGCUCUCAAGGAGAUCCACCUCGAUUCCGAAGAGGGCACCCCCAGCACCGCCAUCCGUGAAAUUUCACUUAUGAAGGAACUCAAGCACGAGAACAUAGUCCGUCUGCACGAUGUCAUUCACACCGAGAACAAGCUCAUGCUGGUCUUUGAAUUCAUGGACAAGGACUUGAAGAAAUACAUGGACUCUAGGGGUGAGCGCGGCAUGCUCGAUCCUGUCACCAUCAAGUCCUUCAUGCACCAGCUGCUCCGCGGUAUCGCCUUCUGCCACGACAACCGAGUCCUCCACCGCGACCUCAAGCCACAGAACUUGCUGAUCAACAACAAGGGUCAGCUCAAGCUCGCCGACUUUGGUCUUGCUCGCGCCUUUGGCAUCCCCGUCAACACUUUCAGCAACGAGGUCGUUACACUAUGGUACCGUGCCCCUGACGUCUUGCUGGGCUCGCGCACCUACAACACCUCGAUCGAUAUCUGGUCUGCUGGCUGCAUCAUGGCUGAAAUGUACACGGGUCGUCCUCUGUUCCCUGGAACUACCAACGAGGACCAGCUGCAAAAGAUCUUCCGUCUCAUGGGCACUCCUUCCGAGCGUUCAUGGCCCGGAAUCUCUCAAUUCCCUGAGUACAAGUCCAACUUUCCCGUCUAUGCAACUCAGGACCUGCGCAAUAUCCUACCUCAGGUCGACCCUGUCGGCCUCCAGUUGUUGACUGCCAUGCUGCAACUUCGUCCAGAGCUUCGCAUUUCUGCCACACAAGCUCUUCAGCAUCCUUGGUUCGCUGAUUUACAACAACUAAGACAGCAACAAGCCCACAUGCAUCAACAGCACAUGCCUGGCGUGCCGAAUACCCAACGCGCUUAUUGA